AUGAAGUGCUCUGCCCUCUGCCUCCUGACUGUGGCCCUGGCCUUUGCGACUCUGCUCUCUGCUGUGGAAGAAUGUCCUAGUGCGGACGGUUUUGGGAUCUGUGUCAGUUCCUGCACCUCCGACCAAGACUGUGAUGACAUCUUGAAAUGCUGCUCCAACGGCUGUGGAAAAACCUGUCAGGACCCAGUUAUAACAAAGUCCAAACCAGGAAUGUGCCCUGAUCUGAUCCCUCAUUUCUUCGAGUGUGAUGAUACAUGCUCCUCAGAUAGCCAUUGUGACAGGAACUACAAUAUUGCUGCAGCGGCUGUGGGUACCAGUGCACAAGCCCUGAGCAUUGCAAAAAGUACAUUCCAGCUUGCUACAGUCAACAUGGACAAGCACUGCUCUGUUAUCUGUGCCCUGGCUCUGAUACUUUAUGUGUUUGUGAAUCUAAACUCAGGACAGGCCUCAAAACCCAAGGACAAGUGGAUAGUGAAGGCUGGCGUGUGCCCGCAGAGGACCUGGGGCAUGGGUGUAUGUGCAGAGUACUGCUCCUCAGACAAUGAGUGUGAGAGGGACCUGAAGUGCUGCUCCAACGGCUGUGGACAUGAGUGCAUGGAGCCGUACAAGGUGAAGCGUGGUCGAUGCCCCCUGCCUCAACCCACUCAGAUGUGCGCAGAAUACUGUCACCAUGAUGGCCAGUGUCCCGGGCAACAAAAGUGCUGCAGGACGUCCUGUGGUCACGCCUGUACUGAAAUCCAGCCGUGUUAA